GCGAGAGACUGAGAGCGGCUAUGACCGUGACCCUCAAGGACCAAGACUCGUGCCUGGAAGUGCCGCCGGGAUGGACUUUCCGCACUGACCCCAGUUGGCAAGAUCUUCGAAACAACAGCAACAACAUUAACAACACACCCUUCUGCCUCGUCUCGGGCAUGGCACCGGCUGACCGGUGAGGUCAGCAGUUGGACAUCAAGAAGCUCUGGAAUGAACUUGGAAUUGCAGGAUGGUGGCAAGUGGUGGCGAGUAAGAGGGGGAGGGCAGAUUCUCGACGUCACGGUUGCUUCGAAUGAGAACACUUGGGAUCUUCGUUGACCCUGGAGAGAAAUGAACAGGCAACAUCCUGCUGACGCUUCUGAGUUUCUUGGACUUUUUCUGUGGCGAGAAUUUGUUUUUGUUUACGCAUGUUUCUGCGAAGUAUUGUUCUUCUUUUCUGCUUUUCAGGGACUUCAAUAUUAGCAAAUUGAGACUUCACAGGCACUUGGAUAUGGGUAACCUUCAUUCGACAUUGCAGAAGGAGAGGUAAAACAAAGGACACAAGACAUAAUGGGAAUAAUAAAAGUCUAUCUGCUUUUGAGAAUAGAGCGUACACGAAUUGUUCACCACAAAGCACUAAAACAAUUCAUGCGUUUGUAGUCGGACUCUGUACUUUUUAAAAGUUGCAAAAAUCUUCUUCGAAGCUUUGAAGGUGUUGAAUGAAUAACUGUUUGAGCUGGUUGAAAAUGGAAAGGAACAGGCAAAAUUAAGAAGAGCCAUAAUUGAUCGGACAUUUCGAUUUUGGCUUAGAACAAACAUUGGAAUGAUUUACGAGUCCAUUAAAACCGAUAAAUACGAAAGCGAUUGCAACUCAACUUUGAAAAUGAAUUACAUUGGAUUCUGGGUAUUGGAGAUGAAGGUGAUCUGCUGUGUGACAGUGGAUGUGUCGACGAAGUGGAGCAGAGGUGUUGUUGGCAGCUUCGGCGAUCGCAUCACCACCGGUGAUCGUGACUUCAAGGAGCUUUACUUUGGCGCCAACAUCAGGCGAGUAACAAUGGAGGCAGUAAAAGCCCUUCGUGCGACCAAUCGAAGGUCCCGUGUCGUGGAAGUAAUGGCCGUGAUUCGUUGAAGAGACGGCCCUACAGCGUUGAAAGCAGCAGGUUAACAAGGACAGCUUCAAAACUGGGAAUCAUCUUGUCCUCUUCGCUGAUGGUUCCAAAACGAAUAAUUGCCUCGAGCUGCUUUUUUUAGGACCGAAAGCAGAGCUCGUACUUCCAUCAAAUAAUUAGUAAUGAAACUGAAAAAUAAAACAGAGAAAUGUAAAUAUAUAUAUAUACACACACACACACAUACUUCCUCAUGAUUACUUCAUAUUGGGUUACUUCCUGAA